AAGUGAAAAAUUCUGUUUUUAUAAAAAUAGUCUAAUUUUUAAAUUAUUAUCAAUGUUUUGUUAUUAUUAUCAUUUUCAUGAACAACAAAAACACCACCAAAAAAAAAUGGUAUAGAGCGAAUUAAAGCGGUUUUGAUAAUACCUGAAAUAAACAUGCAAUUUAGACGAGUACAUACAUCUUAUAUCUUCAGAAUGGUACUGUUGCAGAGGUAUUGUUUUAAUGGAAGUGUUCGAGGUUUUUUGAUCGAAGGCAACGGUGAGCGACAGCAUGAAAGCCUGUGCCGGCUACCGAUCGUUCAUCAUCAUGGCUAUGUGUGUGACUUGCCACCCAAUCACCGGUUUCCCAUGGCCAAGUUUCAUAAAGUACUCGACUAUCUCAUCAAGGACGGCGUCAUAGUUCCGCACAAUCAGGUCAUCUCACCCCAGCAGGUGCCCAGCGAGAUAGCUUGCUCCGUCCACAGUGCAGAGUACGUUGAAAAAUUUUUCACCGGCAAGACCAGUGCAGAGGAACAAAGAGUGACAGGAUUCGCGUGGACCCCAGGCCUGGCCAGUCGAGUGAGGUACGAAACAGGGGGGACGGUGCUGGCGUCCCAGCUGUCUCUCCAGCGCGGCCUAGCGUGCAGCACAGCCGGGGGCACGCACCACGCCUUCCCCGACCACGGUUCCGGCUUCUGCCUCGUCAACGACCUGGCGGUGGCGGCUCGGCACGCCGUCAACACGGCCGCUGCCUGCAAGGUGUUGAUCGUAGACCUGGACGUGCAUCAGGGAGAUGGAACUGCUUUUAUCUUCAGAGAUAAUGACUCUGUCUUCACAUUUUCGAUGCACUGCAUCCAGAACUUCCCAUUGCGCAAACAGCAAAGUGAUCUUGAUGUGGGCUUGGAGAAAGGGACUGGAGACGUUAAGUUCAUCAGCACGUUGCACGACUACCUGCCGUUUGUUUUGGACGCCUUCCGGCCAGAUCUAGUGCUCUAUGAUGCUGGCGUGGACCCCCAUAAGGAUGAUGAGCUGGGAAAGUUUGAACUGACCGAUAAAGGUUUAUUCGAAAGAGACUUUUACGUGAUAGAUGAAGUUGUGAGGCGGGGAGUCCCGUGUGCCUGUGUGAUUGGUGGAGGCUACUCUCGCGACAUCAGUGUCCUUGGCAACCGGCACACGAUAGUCCACAGAGCAGCGACUAAAGUUUGGACUCAGAGAAAGUUAUAACCUGCACUGUGAAACUGUGUUUGUUAUUUAUUUAUUUUUAUUGCUAUCUCGUGUACUGUUGACAAUUGACAUAAUAAAUUGUUUCACUGCCUCACUCUACAAAAUGAUGGCAUUUAUUGAUAUGCAUUUGUUUGUAUGGACUGGAAGAAAAUGCUUUAGUAAAAGGUCUUUUCAGCCAAUCGUAAUAUUCCAACCUUUUCUUUUUUCUUGCACUUCCAUUCAUGUGUGUGAUUCUUAUCACAGUCCAGGCUUAAAAUAACAUUACCCAUUACUUUCAAAUGGAAAUGCUAUUUACCUAUAGUCUUAUAUAAUAUUCAUACAGUUUUCCCCUGCUCAGAAUUGUAACUGCGUACAUAGGAACACUAAAUUUUUAUUUUCCAGGCAUCUUUCCUUCAAAGAAAAAGUGGGAUGUUUAGUUGUUUGUUAUUUUAUUGUCUUUUUGGAAAGUAAAACCAUCCCAAAUUGCAGGAAUGUGGUUCAUAACGCAGAAAAUAUUUGCCCAGCACACAUAUAGACAAAUUGCAGUUUUCUUCAGGGGCCCCUAGUAGCUGGGAUACCGGGAUUAUAAUGGAAACCAAGUUAGCACAGUGGAAGGUCUUUAAUCGAUAGAGACAAGAUUUUAUGGUUUUAUUUUUAGUCUUAUUUUGUUUUUAUUUUUGUGAAUGCUGUUCUCUUAUAAUUAUUCCACAAAAUAGUGGUAAUAUUUAUGUGUUGCAUUAUGUACUGUUAAAUAAUAUGUAAUAAAUUGAUCUAAAACAGAUACAUUCAGAACAAUAAAAAUAAAUUGGUGAGCAUUUGUGGUUUAAAAGUGAUUCAAUAAGAGAUACAUAAUAAAACAAAUUAAAUUAAUUUUUCUGAUCUAUGCACUUUGGUACAACCAUUUAAUUGAAAUAAUGACAUUCCAUGAAAUUCAAACAUUAAAAUAUUGCUUUUUAUGAUUUGAUUUAAAUUUUGGUUAAGUGCUACUUAAAUCCAUGAUUUAACUUGGAUUUCAGUUUUAUGCCUUGUAUUUUAUAUGCUUUUCGGUGUUAUUUUGGUUUUAUCGCGAUAUUGUUCUUAUGAAUUGGGCAUUCUAUGGUUCAGCUUUUUUUUUUGUAAUCUGGUCCCUAUCGAGCUGUUCAUGUUCAUAAUUUUUUGGGUGGAUUCCCACUGUUGACUUUGAAAGCUAGGUCACAUCACUGUGCUGCCGGUGUGUUCAGUUCGCUGGAAGCUUAUCCUUGCUGUCUUUUUUUAUUUCAGUACAAUGUUGUCUCUCUGCUAGCAGCUUGCAUUUCAUAAAUUUCCCAUUUGGUAUUCCUGUUAAAAUUAUAUUGACGUUCAGUUAUCCGAGGAAGUCGCUAAUCCAUAGGGACAAGAUUAUAAGGUGAAUUGCGAUAAAACCGAAGUAACUGUAACACUGAAACACAACACCAAAAUUAAAGUUAAUGCACCAUGUAACACCAAAAUGUAAUUAAAAACACUGAAAUCUGUCAGCAAUUUGACUAACCUUAACUCUAGCCACAAAAAUGUUAUUUUUAUAUUAUUGUAAAUUCAUUGAAUGUAAAUAUUUAGUAUGACUUUUGUACGAAAAUGCAUAAACUUAAUAGAUUGAAUAAAAAAAUUUUUUUUAUCUUGUAUCUAUUAUUACAUUAUUAGUUACAUAUUUUACAUUAAUGAUGUUUGCACAUUUUUCACACACUCAAAAAUGUGCGGUUUUAUUUUUAUUUUUCUGAGUUGUUCUUGGUGAGACAUGCUUAUUAGAAAUUAUUUAUAAGUGCAUUGUGCGUCAGUCAAAAUGAGACUAUUUUGAUGAAAUAAGUAUUAUGAAAUAUUUUAUUUUCAUAUUUGUAAAUAAUACACUAUUUUUAUGAAUAAACACAAUAUAUAAAAAUAAAAACAAUGACACCAAAAUCUCCUAUUUAAAAAAUGAAACUGACUUAGAAAUAAAACCUUAAAAUCUUUCCCUACUAAUCCGGCAUGUCCGUGGUCCCGAACAAGCCUGACUUCACUUAUGUAUGAGGAGUGACGCAGGUCUGGGAUCAAACAAUAUAUCCUUGUUUGUGUCUCACAAGUCUUGAACUUCAGGUACCCUAUAGAGUAUCUCACUCUUAGAUUGCAGUGUGGAAGUAAAUGUGCGCUUUCUCGCUCUCUUUCUAACACAUGCCGACUGUCGAAGCGCUGUCCUUGUUUUUCGUGCACUGUUGCCAUGUAUCAUACAAAUUUAAAAAAAUUAACCUAUAGUCCUAUAGGUGUAUUUAAUUCAGAUUUUUUUGUCGAUAGAUUCAUGGUUUAUGAUACUAAUGUUUAAAUCUCGAGACAACAAUGCUCCAUGUUUAAGUUAUAUAAUAGUUUUAAAAUCCUAAAUUUCAUAUCCUCAUAAACUGACGCAUCAAAACUUUUAUCAGCCGCAAAGUUAUUUGCUAUUAAAGUUAAGGUAUGUCGAAAGUGUGAAAGAUGUUCGCAUUGAAUGGAAUUUGUUUGUUAAAGCAACACCAUCUCAAUCGCUCCUACAGUUUUCUUGUCUAAAGCUGAGAUGAUGUGUUUUUUUUUUAUCAGUGCAAGAGCACGUUGUCAUAGAGGCUCGCUCCCAAACUGUUGUCGUAAGAGGAAACAUGGCCCUCCUGUCUUUGGAGAAGUGAGGUUGUGUCCUGCCAGCAAGUUCAAAAGUAAAGGCUUUCUUAUUUCAGCUAUUUCCUUCAACGCACAUUUUUGAAUACAAGCCUGCCAGUUAGUGCCGUGUCUCGCGACCAGACGAUGCGUUGUGUCUGGUGACUCGUUACAGUUACAAUUUAGACGGGUUAUUUAUUAACACAUGUGAUUUUAUUUUCUGCCUUUAUGUGGGUUCAAUAAAUGUAAACUGUGGAAUGUGGAAUACCAAAAAAAAAAAAAAAACUAUAUUGGUUGGCUACAACAGAGGGAGUGCAAGAUUGUGUAUUUGAGUAUUAAAAAAAAAAACAUGAUUGUGAACAAUGCUUUGGUCAACUUUGGUCAGCAUUAGAGAUAGUAAUUAAAUGUAUGGUUAUUAUUAAUUUCCUUGGAUCAAGUUCACUUUAAAAUUAUCGUACCAAUGAAUGUGUUUCUUGUUGUAAAUCAGGGUAAAAGAAGUGGCGAUUUAUUAUAAAUUUAUAAGCACAAAGUUAUAAAUUACAAUAUGAGUUCUUAAAAUGCUUCUUGUGCAAUCAGAAUUCCAUAGCAACACAUCUCCUGAAAUUCGUAAUGUGUUAGAGAUUUGGCAACAGCACGUGCCAUUAGCAGUGUACUGCUAUCUAAGAGUGAGACGGUCUAUAGCAAGAUGUAGGGCCUUAACGAAUAACAUUACUUAUGGUUUUAAUUUAUUCAUGGAAUAAAAAUACAAUAAUUGAACAAGAAAUAAUGAACUUAUUGUAGUGUUGGACUUUAUUUGUAUCUUUGUCCAAAUGUUGAAUAGUCUUAUUAAAUACAGUGUAUAUUUACGUGGAAAACAUUUUAAUCCACUA